GGCCCGCCCUCUCGGCUUCCUUGAUCCGGCGGCGGCGUCUGCCGCAGUCCUUCCUAAAGCAAUGGCGGCGGGCGGCAGCGAUCCGCGGGCUGGCGACGUAGAAGAAGACGCCUCUCAGCUCAUCUUUCCCAAAGAGUUUGAAACAGCUGAGACACUCCUAAACUCUGAAGUUCACAUGCUUCUGGAGCAUCGAAAGCAACAGAAUGAGAGUGCAGAAGAUGAGCAGGAACUUUCAGAGGUUUUCAUGAAAACCCUUAACUAUACAGCCCGUUUCAGUCGUUUCAAAAACAGAGAGACCAUUGCCAGUGUUCGUAGCUUGCUUCUCCAGAAAAAGCUACAUAAGUUUGAGUUGGCCUGUUUAGCCAAUCUUUGUCCAGAGACUGCUGAGGAGUCCAAAGCUCUGAUUCCAAGCCUGGAAGGGCGUUUUGAAGAUGAGGAACUGCAGCAGAUUCUCGAUGAUAUCCAGACCAAGCGCAGCUUCCAGUACUGAUGUCCAGACACCUGGUCCUGAAACAGCUCCAGAACAGCACCACAUCUCCGUCAGCAUCACACAGGAGUGAUGGACAUUUGGACUGCUUUUGUA